GAGAAAGUGAAACCUGAGCUGAGAAUGUCGAGGGCGUGUCAGUCUAUAAGUCAGUCUACAACGGAUGCUUCACACACAGAAAUCUUUGUGUUACAGAGAGACUCCUGAUCACCAGAGGACAAGAGGAAAUCUACACAAUGGCAUCGUCGUCAUCAUCAUCAUCAUCAGUCCCUCUGUCCAAGGCCAACAUCACCUUCUGUCUGGACCUGUUCCAAAAGCUGAACGAUAACAAGACAGCAAAUAUCUUCUUCUCUCCUUUUAGCAUCUCUUCAGCCCUGGCUAUGGUGACACUGGGGGCCAGGGGUAACACAGCCAAACAGAUAUCAGAGUGUCUGAAAACCCAGGACUGUCAGGAUGAGGUCCACACUGGUUUUGCCCAACUGCUGAGUGAGCUCAACAAGGCUGAUGCUCCGUACGCCCUCAGCGUGGCCAACAGACUGUACGGGGAGCAGUCCUUCCAGUUUAUUGAGGAUUUCUUAACACAAACCAGGACUCACUACAACGCAGAGCUGGAGGCUGUGGAUUUCAAAAUCAGCUCUGAAGCUGCCAGAGUCAAGAUCAACAACUGGGUGGAGGAGAAGACAAAAGGUAAAAUCAAAGAUAUAGUGGCUGAAGGCGACAUGGACAGAAUGACCAGACUGGUGCUGGUCAAUGCCCUGUACUUUAAAGGCACCUGGAACAAAACAUUCAAUUGUGCACGUACUGAAGACGCUGACUUCAAACUGAACAAGAGGGAAACUAAGCUGGUGAAGAUGAUGACCCAGGACGCUUACUUUCCUCUGAGAUUCAUUCCUGAGAUCGACUGCCAGAUCCUAGAGAUGCCUUACAAAGAGAAGGAGCUCAGCAUGCUCAUCUUUCUACCAAAGGAGAUCCAGGAUGAUACAACAGGUCUGGAGAAGCUGGAGAAGCAGCUGACCUAUGAGAAAUUUGUGGAGUGGACUCGUCCAGACAUGAUGCCUGAAGCUAAAGUUGAUGUGAGUCUGCCUCGAUUCAAGAUGGAGGAGACGUAUGACCUGAACAAUGUCCUGAAAAACAUGGGCAUUGUGGACGCUUUUGAUGUUUUGAAGAGUGACUUCUCUGGCAUGUCAGAGGCCAGAGACCUGUUCCUGUCAAAAGUCUCCCACAAGGCUUUUGUGGAGGUGAACGAGGAGGGAACUGAGGCUGCUGCAGCCACUGCUGUCUUUUGCCAGUUUGAGAGUGGCUGUUUAAAAAAGAAGUACUUCACUGCAGACCAUCCCUUCCUCUUCUUCAUCCGACAUAACCCCACCAUGAGUGUUCUCUUUGCCGGCCGAUUCUGCUCCCCCGUGUGAGCACUGUGUCCCUUGGAGCAGUGAGACUCAACCAGUGUAGGGUUACAUUUGAUGUCCAGUAGCUACAGUCAAAGUGUUUAGCAUUGAGAAUUGUUGUUUUUGAUGUGUCAAACAAGCUGUUGAGCUGCUGAACAAUAAGUACAAGGCUUUGAAAUGUAGCUUUGAAACUCCCUGCAUUAAGCAAUUUUGACUGUGCAUUUAUAGCUUUGUUCCUGCUACUUCUGUGUUGCUGCACACUGGACCAGUGCUUCAUGUGAGCUGCACCAUGUUUCUGAAAA